AUGUUCUUCAAAAAACUAAUCACUUGUUGUUUAAGAACAGAGAGGACAACAUCUUACGAAUCAUCUUGCAGUGAGUUAUCAUCACUGAAGAACGGAGGGUUACUGGUUGAAGAAUUAAUCCGUAUUUCGAACGGUGACUAUAAUCCUUUCUAUAUAUUCUCCGAACACGAGCUGAAGCAAGCAACCAAAGACUACGAUCAAGAUCUUGUCUUACUUCUUGACGACAACUAUAGAUUGUUUCAGGGAGUUCUUGAGAACAGGGGAACUGUGCUAAUUAAGAAAACGAACGAUCAUGAUGAGCUCGUGGAAUAUUGCAUAAGGGAAAUCGCUAUAGCUGCAUACGUCAGCAUGAACCGGAAUCUGGUGAAGCUUCUCGGUUGUUGUUUGGAGAGCAAGGUACCGAUUAUUGUCUUUGAAUAUGUACCAAACGGGAAUCUAUCUGCUUACUUGCAGGAAGAGAACAUGAUUCUGCCAUGGAAAUGGAGGGUUCGUAUCGCUGCUCAGGUCGCAGCUGCGAUUGUUUAUCUCCAUGUUGGGAAAUCGAGACCUCUGAUUCACAGGCACGUGAAGACAGGUAAUGUUCUGCUCGACAAUAACUUAAACGCCAAGCUAUUUGACUUCGGGCUGUCCCUAGAAAUUCCAUUAGGUGAGACCUAUGUAGAAGCUUUGGUUGAAGGAACAAUAGGGUUUAUAGCUCCAGAAUCAGUAGAUACUGGCAAAUUUAACGAGAAGACUGAUGUUUUCGCAUUUGGUGCUACGCUUAUCGAGAUCUUGACUGGACGAGAGCCUCAUGAUGUGUUCAUUGAAGCCUCUCGUGAUAGGUUUCCAAGCCUCACUCCAGUUUCAGAGUUUUCUUUAAUGCCUAUCCCUUUACCCACAAGAAGAGAUCUUUUGGUGUUCUUGAAGUCGAAUCUGAUAAAGGACGGGAAGCAAAAUGCUGCGGAGGCUAGCGCAGAGCUUGCUGCAAGCUGUGUAGAAGUAUUGCCAGAGAAGAGGCCAACGAUUGAAGAAGUGGCUAAAAAGCUGAGACAAAUUCAGAACAUGUAA